CUUGUGAAUCAUAUAUCCAUGUGGUGAUACUCCAACCCAUUUUGUCAUUCUUAUUGGGAUAUGCCAUUACAGAGAUUGGUUUUGCCAUUAGAGGAAAGGAAAUCUGAAAUUCCUCAGAAUUUUUUGAAUUUGGAAGGGAUUUUCCGAACUACUGGGCAUUUUCAGGUUUGGUUUAACCAAACAAACCAUAUCCCUGAAUUUGGAAUUGAUUGAAUAUUCAAGUAAAUAUGAAAUCAAGGUUAGUUACGUUGGAGGAAGGCAAAGACACAGCCAUCACAGUUAGAGGUAACCAAUCUAGGGUUUUGCCGUGGAGGCUGUUGCAAUUUAUCUUGCUGUUUUUGGGUCUAGGCAUUGUGUUUUCAAUUAUUAGUAUGUAUAUGGUCCGGUAUUUAAGAGUCCAGAAUGUAGUUCCGGAGGUGCAGUCCAGUAUCCAACCCUGUUUUCAAGAGACAAGUGAUUUACAAAGUUGGAUUAAGCCUCCAUCAAACCUCUUGCAUACAAUGAAUGACACUGACCUGUUUUGGAGGGCUUCAUUUGUUCCUCAAAUAAAAGAUUUUCCAUUUGAGAGAACUCCCAAGAUUGCCUUCAUGUUCUUGACAAAGGGACCAUUGCCACUGGCACCUCUGUGGGAGAAGUUUCUUAAUGGGAAUGAGGGGCUUUAUUCAAUAUAUGUUCAUUCACUGCCAUCAUAUAAAGCAAAUUUCCCACGAUCAUCCAUCUUUUAUGGGAGGCAAAUUCCUAGUCAG